GUCUAUGUAAAGGUGCAUUUUUUAUCUGCAUCUAAAGUAAGUCAAAAUAUAUAAUUAUUCCAUUUAUCGUGUAAUUCGUGUAAUUCACAAUAGUGUUUCAAACUCUUAUUGGAAUAAUUUACACAUGAAUCCAACAAGUUAAAUGGACUGAAUUAAAACUGGGUAAUAAUUUACAUUGGCCAAAUUGGCAACACUAAAUCGGUGAUUGACGUGUCGGGUGUCGUCCGAUUAAUUUCUCAUUUAAUUGAAUCAACAUCUUUAUUACAAAAAAUAGAUAAUUGUGAUCAUCCACGAUGAGUCGCCGUGAUAAAAAGGAAGACGAGGAUAGUGGUAGUACUUUCCAAAAUUUGGACAAGACUACUCUUUUACAAGAGUCGAGAUACUUUAACUCAACACCAGUGAACCCGAAAAAAUGUAUACAUAUCCUUACAAAAAUCUUGUAUUUGCUAAAUCAAGGAGAAAAACUGACUACUCAAGAAGCUACUGAUAUAUUUUUCGCAACCACUAAGUUGUUUCAAUCGAAAGAUGUGGUGUUGCGCCGCCUUGUAUACCUAACCAUAAAGGAACUUAGUCCCAUGGCACAAGAUGUUAUUAUUGUAACAUCGUCUCUUACUAAAGAUAUGACUGGCAAGGAAGAUUUGUACCGCGCUGCAGCCAUUCGCGCUCUGUGUACAAUCACAGAUAGCACUAUGUUGCAAGCAAUUGAGCGCUACAUGAAACAAGCCAUCGUAGACAAGAAUCCUGCAGUGAGCUCUGCUGCUCUGGUGUCGGCUCUUCACUUAUCAGCUACCGUGCCUGACCUAGUACGGCGCUGGGUGAUGGAAGCACAGGGUGUCAUUACAUCUGAUAAUGCAAUGGUGUCAUACCAUGCUCUGGCAGUGGUUGCAGGAGCUCGACGCAAUGACCGCCUUUCUACAGUGAAACUUGUAACAAAACUAGCCCGGACACCGCUCCGUUCACCUUAUGCUCUUUGUCUUCUAAUACGUUAUGCAGCAAAAUUAGCUGAGGAAGACCAAAGUGAUGCCUCAGAAGUUUAUGUGGACUUUAUUGAAUCCUGCUUGCGUCACAAGUCUGAGAUUGUAGUCUAUGAAGCUGCACAUGCGAUUGUAAAUUUGAGGAAGUCUGCUCGUGAUCUUGCUCAAGCUGUUUCUGUGCUGCAAAUAUUUUGUGGUUCUUCCAAGGCAACAAUGCGCCUAGCUGGUGCUCGGACACUUGCUAAACUAACAGCAAAACAUCCAAAUGCAGUAGCAGCCUGUGCAGUUGACUUGGAAAAUUUAAUUUCAGACCCAAACCGCUCCGUUGCCACAUUAGCUGUGACUACCCUUCUAGCAACAGGAGCUGAGAGUUCUAUCGAUCGUCUAAUGAAACAGAUCUCUAGCUUCAUGUCAGAAAUUUCAGAUGAAUUCAAAAUUGUUGUGGUACGUGCAAUUAGGCGCUUGUGCUCUAAAUACCCACGUAAACAUCAAUCACUUGCCGCAUUUCUGGCUGGUAUGCUUCGUGAUGAAGGAGGAUUGCAAUAUAAAACUGCUAUUGCUGAUGCAAUAAUUGCUCUUGUAGAAGAAAAUCCCGAUGCAAAAGAAACAGGCUUGGCUCACCUAUGUGAAUUUAUUGAAGACUGUGAGCAUGCGUCGUUAGCUGUGCGUAUAUUGCAUAUUUUGGGGCGCGAGGGUCCAAAAGCUCGUCAGCCAUCCAGAUACAUUCGAUACAUUUAUAAUAGAGUGAUUUUGGAGUCUGGUCCAGUACGCGCUGCCGCUGUAUCUGCUGUUGCCCGUUUUGGUGCAGCUCGUCCAGAGCUAUUUCCUAAUAUAAGCGUCCUUUUGGCUAGAUGUCAAUUAGAUGAUGAUGAUGAAGUACGAGAUCGUGCUAUAUAUUAUAGCGCAAUAUUAGAUUCUGGUGAUGCUCAACUCAUCAAUGAUUAUAUUAUCAAUGUCCCCAUUCCUAAUCCUGUUCUCCUAGAAAGGGCAUUACAGGAUUAUCUUGAUUCUGAUGGUGAUUUGUCUGAACCUUUCAAUUUAGCCACAGUUCCUACUCUGGCGGAGGAGACACAAGAACCAAAGGAGGCUCCUGUUGAAAUUGAAUCACGAGCACCGAUUGUAUCUCGUGAAGAGCAAUAUACUGAUCAAUUAAAGGUCAUUCCUGGCAUUGAAAAACUUGGACCAAUAUUUAAAACAUGUGAGUCUAUUGACUUGACUGAACCAGAAACUGAGUACCGAGUUCAAUGCGUGAAACAUAUUUUCGCUCGUCAUUUGGUCUUCCAAUUUGAGUGUCUGAAUACAUUGAGCGAUCAACUUCUGGAAAAAGUGCACAUACGAUUGGAAGCUGCGCCUGGUUACAAAAUGUUAACUGAAGUUCCUUGCGAACAAUUGCCUUAUGACAAACAAGGCAGCGUAUUUUGUGUUCUUGAAUUUCCUGAAAAUCCGAUUGAAACUUUGGGAACUUUUGGCGCUACAAUGGAGUUUGUGGUUCGCGAUUGCGAUCCCACGACUGGCUUACCAGAUUCAGGAGAAGGAUAUGCUGAUACUUACCCAUUAGAGGAAAUAGAAGUAAGUUGUGCUGAACAAUUCAGGACACGUGCAGCUUCUGAUGACUGGGAAGCAACUUGGGAAAGGGCUGCCUCUGCAGAAGAAGCUUGUGACACUUUUGGCCUAUCUCAGUCCGACGUAGGAGGAGCUGCCAAAGCCGUAUGUGAACAUUUAGGGCUACCGAAAGGUGCCAUCUCAGGAGACGCAGUUAAGGAAAUCCGCGGUGGCGGUGUUUGGCGCGGUGGAACGCCCGUUCUCGUCAGAGCUCGGCUGGUCCUGGCUGGAGGAGCGGUAACUAUGCAAUUAACAGCCCGCUCUCCUCGCGAAGAUAUUGCUACACUAUUGUUGGCUGCCGUCGGUUAGUGUUAUUUAAGAAGCAUUUGUAAUCCUAGUGUUAGCUCGUGCCUUUCCUCGAAAAAAAAUCAGAGUGAGUUUUGAGGCAAAAGUAAACCAGUAAAUGAAUACAAUUUAUUAUUCCUUGCCGUAACUUUAUGUGUAAAGUUAACUUUCAUAUUGCGAGUAUACCACCAGCAAAACAUAAAAAAUAAGAAAAUUGACUAAUUUCUUGUAUGUUAAAUUAUAACAUUAGGUACUAUCUAAAACUCACUCUGCUAAAUCUUUAUAUAUUAUAUCUUUGUGAGUAGUGUAUAUGAAUGUUAAAUACCUAUACCUUCAGUGACUAUUGUUACCCUUACUGCCAUAUUUUCAUAAAAAAAAUUUGAAUGUUGUCAAAAAAUUUGUAACUCCAUAGAUUAACAUGAUUUUAAUGUAUUCGAUAUUGUGUACUGUAUAAAUGUUCUUACCAUACGUCUAUUUACGUCAACAGCAGUUAAACGAUUACGCAAUACUGAUAUUGCACUGUAUGCACGGACUCUGACCGAAACGUAAUACCCACAUACUUUUCAUAUAAACGUAUGUAGAUGAGUAGAUAAGUAACUAUGUAUUAACUCUAACAUUCUUUAUGUGUGAUAAAAUAUACCUAUAUACCUUUAAACAGAUUUUGGCACAGACUUUACAUGAAUAUACUACAAAUUUACGUGAGAUGUGACAUAAAUACUAUAUUAUACUAUUCUAUAUUUUAUAAAAAAUCUUAUCGUUGAUAUUUUAUGUAAACCGUGGCUUAAAAAUAAAGUUUAUAUUACUGACUUGUA